UGUCAAACCACUAGUGGGUCGAUGUCGAUUUUUAAUGGCGGUUUGCUUAUUUGUAGGGAAAAAGUAUAAAAUGUAAUUAUAGAAUAUCACUGUUAGUGAUUCUAAAAAUUGUGUGUGUCUUUAGCAGUGCGUUGAACUAAAGUGAGCCGUGUGAUAAAAAACUUUCCGAUGUGGAAACAGUUACAGAUGGGACUUCGGGCCUUCUUACUAAUAGCCUCUAGAGUUUGGACAUGCGUCUGCUAUGCAUUAAAAAAGCAGACUAGAUCGAUCAUUCAACACCAAUCUGUAAGAUAUGAUAUAUUUCCUUUAUCACCUUUAUCAAGACAUAGGUUAAGUAUUGUUAGAAGAAAAGUACUCGUUCUGGAUUUAGAUGAAACAUUAAUACAUUCACAUCAUGAUGGUGUGGUCAGGCAAACAGUGAGGCCGGGAACGCCGCCCGAUUUUGUCUUGAAAGUUGUUAUUGACAGGCAUCCUGUUAGGUUCUUUGUGCAUAAGAGACCCCAUGUUGACUUUUUCUUAGAUAUAGUUUCACAAUGGUAUGAAUUAGUGGUUUUUACCGCGAGUAUGGAAAUCUAUGGUGCUGCAGUUGCCGAUAGAUUAGACGCUGGUAGGGGUAUCUUGCCCAGGAGAUUCUACAGGCAGCAUUGUACUCCAGAGCUGGGAUCAUACACUAAAGAUUUGAGUGCCAUCUGCAAUGAUCUCUCUAGUAUUUUUAUACUAGAUAAUAGUCCAGGUGCAUAUAGAGCAUACCCAGAUAAUGCAAUUCCCAUAAAAUCAUGGUUUUCUGAUCCGACAGACAUAGCUUUGCUCAAUCUUCUUCCAGUUCUCGACGCCCUCAGGUUCACGACAGACGUCAGAUCUGUAUUGUCGAGAAAUUUGCAUUUGCAUAGGCUAUGGUAGAUAGGUGCACACACUGAGAUGUAACUGGAUGAUACGUUACGUCGCAACUUCCUAUUAUUCGUCAACAUGAAGAUUUUAUUUUUUUGAGUUUAACUUAUUUGAGAACUUUUUGUAAAGGUUUUAAGUGAAACUGACAGCGCGGAUAGUCUUUAAUGCGUUUGGUAAGACACGAAAACUUGCAAGUGUUUCAAAGUUAACUAUUCAACAACUAAUGCGUUAGUGUCAGUGAGCAACGAAGAAAUGAAAUUGGUACACAACAAUGGACGGGCAUGUAGAAAUGCAUGUAAGUUAAGGAAUAUUUACUAUUUUCUAACAUUUCUUACAUGUUUGUCCCAUAAAAAUGUCAGUAAUGUACAUAAAGUCCAACUAUGAGAUCUUUUUAGUUUAUCUUUUCUAAUUAUUCCAUAAGACUGGCUCUUUUAUUGCAAUACUUUACAGUAAUUUCUAUUACUUCCUGGUUUUUUUUGUGGAAUACUACUUUUUAUCAUUUUAUGGUUGUUAGUUCCACAAAGAUACCAUUUCAUUCUUGAUUUGUUUCUGUUUUGUGAGAGGAUUUUGUAUUAUUUUACCUUCACUAACCCCAAUUCGUUCUUAUGUGUGAAAAUUUAGCACAUUAACUUAACCCAUUAAACCUUUUACAUGUCGUGGAGAGAUCAUGACAUCCAAGUGUAACUGAGGACAUUUUGAGAGCACAAUAUGGACUAAAAUAAUCAAGAAAAAGAUUCUAAAAUCGUUAAUAAAAAGAAAAGUGAAGACUUUCCCAGACCUAAUGGAGAUUACUAGCGAAGAUCUAUGUAAAACAAAGAACACGAAUAUUCCAAAUUCCUUUCUAUUUAUAUACAACCUAAUCUAAAAGAUUCAGGUGUUCAGGGAACUGGAUUUUUUCACGAUAUAUUGGAAGAUCCAAUUGUUGAUAAAUAUUUGCAUCAUUUGCCAUCAUACAUUGGUAAUGACAUGGCGAAUGGUGCCUUCCAAGUCGUUACUUGUGCCUGGCUAAUGGCUUGUAGACUGGGAAAUAGCCUAGUAGUGUAAAUUCGAACUAUCUUGUCCAUAAACUGCGAAUCUAUCCAGUUCAGAGAUUCCAAAUUUGAAAUUAAAGGCUCACCCAUUAUUUCCUUUAAUAAAUCGAUUGUAGCAUGCGCUGUGUGAUAUGUUGCAUCCUUUUCUUGACACCGUACCUCCUCCAUAUCAAGGAUAUUCAAUUCGGGAACAUAAAGAUUAUCGAUCAUGGCACUAUAGCAAUUUCAAUUGACUGUAACCUUGUGACUGGCUUCGUUUUCGAAAACAUAAGGACCAAUGAUUCCACCGGUUAUUUUUCUUUUAUCGGUCAUUAAAUGAAAAAUGAGCUUCAUCGUCCACUCAUGGACUCAUUCGGGUCUUCCUCGAUGCUAACGCCUGCAUCAGCAAUAGCUUCUUCGACACCCUUCGUUCAGUGAGUACCGAAAAAGCUAUUGUCCAAUGAAAUGUACACAGCCUAAAAGAAUGAGGAAAAAAUAAAUGUAGCACUUGUCGGUUCGUUAUUGUUGAACGAAAAUCCAGAUGGGUCAGUUUCAUUUGUAAUUUAUUUGUUAAUUUAUUUAUUUUUUAGUUGAUUGAUGUUUGUGUAAUAGGAAAUUAUACUAUAUUGUAAAUAUUAUCAUAGACGAAUCGCUAUGAUGUAGUUAAUGUAUUCAGUAAUCAGAUCACGUGAGUUUAUUUUCUGUUUCUGUAUGUAUUCUGUUUUGAUUUCGAAGCGUUUAAUAAGGUAGUAAAUAUGUACAUAGUAGCUUUUGGAUAUCAACUCUCCAUUUUUAACAUUUUCUAUAUAGUAGUUUAAGAUACAAAGUAGCUAUAGUUUAUAAACGACAAAAUUUUCUAAAACUGUACCUUAUUAAACGUCAUGUUUAGGUUUGUAGAAAAAACCAAAGACAAUGUAUGUAGUUUUAACUAUGAAUAUGUACCUAAGGCCUAUAUAGCUCAUGACAAAUGAUCAAGAAUAACGGUUUUUAUUUUUCUCUUUGAGGCAGAGACCAAGAGGACUGAAAGUGUAGCAAUGCCUUACUAUAGAAGAGUAAAGCAACAAUAUGAUCCGGCUUCUCUGAAAACCUUUUAAAGCCUAAAAAGAAGAAAAAAUAUCUUUUUGUUAUUUAAACAGUGCUAGAAAUGAUUAUAGUAUUUUUUAUUGAUCAGCAUGAAAUGAUAAAUAUUGAUUUUAAUAAUUUUUUAAAUAAAAUAAUAAAUAAAAAUAAAUUUAAUUCUUUUAAAUAUUUUCGUCAGUAUCAUUAAUAGUAGAUAUACAAUGUAUGUUUUGGACCGGAAGUGACGUCACACCAUAGUAACAAGUCUGUCAGCUGUACCUAUCGAACGUAUAAUAUGUUUAGAUCUCGGCAAGGAUGAUGGUGUUUUGCAAGAAUGAAGAACCCAUUAAAAUUUCUUUUUACACUUUUUACAGUCACUAAAGACCAGAGAAUUUGCCAAAUAAAAAGUAUUUUUCGUGACACUUAACAAUGUUUUAAUAAAUUUUCAAAGGAUUAAAAUCAGUUUUUACAUAUACAUAUAUUGUUAUAGUUUGAAUUGGUCUAAAAUAUUUAAAGAUCAUAAUAUAAAUUAAAUUUCAUCGACCA